CCAAGCAAACACGGGCUUUAGUCCAAGGGGAGCCUGACUUUCCACUAGAGAGUAUAAUUGAUUUCAGGCUGAACUCAGCAACCCCACUCGCUGCCUCUGUCUCGGCGGGGAGAGAAAUCACAGCGUAGCAAACACUGAGCGCAAGUCACCUUGGCCGGGACAUGAUGGGCGCAGCUAGCAGGUGGAGGCUUCGCCACUGAGUCACCAUUACCUCGCCCAGCAAGGAGGAGCUGGUCGCGCUCGCUGCCCGGCUCUGGCAGAGGAGGAAGCGGCUGCUGGCCGCGGCCGGGCUGGCCCUCGCCAUGGGCCUCGUGCUGCUCAUCGCCGUCCCGCUGCUGCUGCAGGCGGCCCCGGAGAGCGCGGCGCACUACGAGAUGAUGGGCACCUGCCGCAUGAUCUGCGACCCCUAUAGCAGCGCCAGCGCCAGCGCCCGGGCCGGCGGCCCCAGCAGCACCGCCGCCGUGGAGGCGCUGCAGGACCUGAGCGCCAACCCCCCGCCGCCCUUCCUCCCGGGGCCCAAGGGGGAGCCCGGCCGGCCGGGCAAGCCGGGGCCCCGGGGCCCGCCAGGGGAGCCGGGCCCCGCCGGUCCCAGAGGGCCGCCCGGAGAGCGGGGAGACUCGGGCAAGCCGGGGCUGCCGGGGCUGGCGGGGGCCGGGGCUGGCGCGCCCGGGGCGGCAGGGGGCGGCGGCGGCCCCGGGCCGGGCGCCGCGGGGGAGGUGAGCGGGGCGCUGAGCGCGGCCUUCAGCGGCCCCCGGAUCGCCUUCUACGUGGGGCUGAAGAGCCCCCACGAGGGCUACGAGGUGCUCAAGUUCGACGACGUGGUGACCAACCUGGGCAACCACUACGAGCCGGCCACGGGCAAGUUCAGCUGCCAGGUGCGGGGCAUCUACUUCUUCACCUACCACAUCCUCAUGCGCGGCGGGGACGGCACCAGCAUGUGGGCGGAUCUCUGCAAGAACGGCCAGGUGCGGGCCAGCGCCAUUGCGCAGGAUGCCGAUCAGAACUAUGACUAUGCCAGCAACAGCGUGGUGCUGCACCUGGACUCGGGGGACGAGGUGUACGUCAAGCUGGACGGAGGCAAAGCACACGGCGGCAACAACAAUAAGUACAGCACUUUCUCUGGCUUCCUUUUAUACCCCGAUUAAAAGUGUGGCCGAUUGCAUUGUACCCACUGCCCUGCCACCGUCAGUUUCGCGUCGUUCUCAAUUUGUACAUUUGAUUGGUGGAAACAAACCAAGCAAGCCCCCCACCCCAGCCCUUGGUGUAUCUCUGUCCUUGUGUUUGUUACACCAUGAGAUCAGCUGCUUGAAACUGACCAGCACCUUAGUUCCAUGAGUGUAUAAAAGAUUCCAGGGUAAAACUGUCACUCACACUAAGUUAGAGCUUAUCAGUCUUGAUACAUUUUGCUUUAUUAUUAUCAUCUUGAUUGAUUGAUUGAUCUGAAGAGUGGGUCUGAAUUAUUACAUGCACUGGUUCUUCUUAUGCUGUUUGUUUGUUUGUAUGGGGUCAAGUGUAACUUUCUUCUUUCCUUUUCCAUGCAAUACUCGGGUGAAUGAUGAUGUAAUGAACGUCAAGUCUCUGUUCCAGUCUGGCAAACAAUCUAACCACCACCAAGAAAAAAAUCAUAUUAAA